UGACCGGUUCCUAUUUUACCCUUCCCUAGGUUGAUGUUCUCUACUGCUUAUAAAGGCUCUUGGAUUCUCCCGCACAAUGAAUCGCCGUCAUCCUCAUCCUUGUAAUCUCCCUUGCAGUCAUGGCUGUUGGUCCGGUCUCACACAACAACGGCGCAUCGGCCUUACCGCUGGUGCGCCAGCUCUCCAAAGACCAUGACCAUGUCUUGAAAACAUUCCGCCUCCUUAUUUCCGAUCUAUGCCAGCAGUUCGGCGGAGGUCAUCCCGGAGGGGCGAUUGGCAUGGCCGCUAUCGGUAUUGCACUCUGGCGAUAUGUUAUGCGAUACGCACCACACUCCCCCGACUACUUCAACCGCGAUCGCUUCGUCCUGUCCAACGGCCACGCCUGCCUCUUCCAGUACACCUUCUUGCAUCUCACUGGCUACAAGGCCAUGACAUUCGACCAGCUCAAGUCCUACCACUCCGAACGCGUUGACGCCUUAUGUCCUGGACACCCGGAGAUUGAGCACGAGGGUAUCGAAGUCACGACCGGUCCCCUGGGCCAGGGCGUCGCCAAUGCCGUGGGUCUGGCUAUGGCCACAAAGAACCUGGCGGCCAAGUUCAACCGCCCGGGAUAUGAUGUUGUAUCCAACCAUACCUGGUGUAUGGUGGGCGAUGCGUGUUUGCAGGAGGGUGUCGGGCUCGAAGCCAUCUCUUUCGCUGGCCACCUCAAACUCAACAACCUGACCGUCAUCUACGACAACAACCAAAUUACCUGCGAUGGGUCAGUCGAUCUGACCAACACGGAAGAUAUCAACGCCAAGAUGCGCGCCUGUGGCUGGGAUGUCAUUGACAUUGAAGACGGUUGUUAUGAUGUUGAAGGGAUCGCCCAGGCGUUGGAAAAGGCUCGUGCCGCUCAGGAUAAACCUACAUUCAUCAACGUCCGAACCGUCAUUGGCCUCGACAGCAAGGUAGAGGGCAUGGCGGCUGCUCAUGGUGCUGCAUUUGGUGCCCCAGACGUAUCAGAAAUGAAGAAAAAGCACGGAUUUAACCCGGAUGAGCACUUUGUCAUCAGCGACGUAACCCGGAGAUUUUUCCAGGAUCUCCCCUCCCGUGGAGAGACUUUGCUACAACAGUGGAAUGGGUUGGUGGAGCAGUAUAGCGAAAAGUACCCUGAGCUUGGGGCGGAGUUUCAGCAGCGCAUGCGCGGAGAGCUGCCCCCAUACUGGAAGAAUCUGAUUCCCUCCAGUUUUUCUGAAAAGCCAACAGCCUCAAGAGCGUCUUCUGGACUGGUUUUCAGCCCAAUGGCAAAGGAGAUCGAAUCAUUUAUGGUUGGAACGGCAGACCUAAGCCCGUCAGUUAAUAUGAUUUGGCCGGGCAAGGUCGAUUUUCAGCACCCUGAUCUGCGCACUACCUGCAAUAUCAAUGGUAAUUAUUCUGGCCGCUAUAUCCACUUCGGCGUGCGUGAGCAUGCCAUGUGUGCCAUUUCCAACGGGUUGGCAGCAUUUGCCCCAAAUACAUUCAUCCCAAUCACCUCAUCAUUUUUUAUGUUCUAUCUCUAUGCUGCGCCUGCUGUGCGCAUGGGAGCCCUACAACACCUCCAGGUCAUCCACGCUGCCACUCAUGACUCCAUCGGGAUGGGAGAGGAUGGUCCAACACAUCAGCCAAUUGAGCUUGCAGCAUUGUACCGCGCCAUGCCAAACUUGCUGUACAUUCGUCCGGGAGACAGUGAGGAAACGGCGGGGGCGUGGAUUGCGGCCCUGGAGGCCAAGAGGACGUCCACCAUCAUCUCCACCUCCCGUCACGCUCUGCCUCAGUUGAAGCAGACUCGCCGCGACGGUGUAGCUCAGGGGGCAUACGUGCUGGAAGAGGCCCCCCAUGUCGCAGUGACAUUGAUCGGGGUCGGAGCGGAGCUUUCAUUUGCUUUGGAUGUGGCCCAGCAGCUGAAAGAGACCCGAGGAAUUGUGGCGCGGGUCAUCAGUUUCCCGUGUCAGCGAUUGUUCGAGCAGCAAUCCCUCGACUAUAAGCGGGGGGUGCUGCGACGCCACCAGGGCAUCCCGGCCGUGGUGAUUGAGCCGUAUGCACCCAAUGGAUGGGAGCGGUAUGCCGACGCAGGCAUCUCCAUUCGGCGGUUUGGCCAUAGCCUGCCGGGCAAGGCAGCGUACAAGUUCUUCGGCUACGAGACCAAGGUCAUGACAGCUAAGGUAGGUGAUUACCUGGAACAGCUGGAGAAGGGAGAGGUGCAGCGCGGGGAAUUUGUGGACCUGUAACUUAGUGAUCUACUAGUGAUCUAUCAAGAUCAUUC